AUGAAUUGGAAGCGUGGGGAUUACGUGUUAGUGUACUACUCAAGCCGAGUGCUUCGUUUUGACAUUUUCAUAUCGUUAUCGGUAGGUUUGCCGCGCAUUCGAGCGGCUGGGAAAAGGGACCGCAUUGAUCUCGACAGCCUAAACGAAGAGCACUUGGAAGAGCAGUUCGUCAGAGGAUCCGGGCCAGGGGGACAAGCGACUAACAAAACCUGCAACUGCGUGGUUCUUAAACACAUCCCAUCUGGCAUUGUGGUGAAGUGUCACCAGACCAGGUCUGUGGACAUGAACAGGAAAAAGGCUCGGGAAAUCAUGCAGGAGAAGCUGGAUAUUUUCUACAAAGGUGAAGACAGUGGUGUCCUGAAACAGAGGAAGGAGCAGGAGUGGCGGAAGCUGGAGAAAAGGAAGCGGGCCAGGGAAAGGCUGGAGAAGAAACAACUGUUUAAGGAAAACGCCCUAGCAGAUUCCAAACAGGGGGAACACACCAGAUGACAUGUCUCUGGACUUUUUCCCUAUUAGGCCAAAUCUUAUUAUCUAGGCAGAGUGUAACAGCUGUGGAUAGAGUGGAUUGAUGUGUUGUGACCAUUUUCUUUACAUUGCCUGUAAUAUAAAUAUAUCUGCAAAGGGUUAUUAAACAGGACAUUUUAAAACUAUAAGUAAAAAUUUUUGUUCAAAUAAAAAGUUUUGUUCACUUUG